GUUUAGGUUAAAACUGGUAUACGUGAAACCAGUAAACUCACCUUCUGUUCAUUUCUAACAAAGUUUCCAACCGUGAAGAAGGACUGCAUGGCGGAGUCCACCGUCCCUAAGGGGGCCAAAAGAUCCGUUACUUCCGAGGUUGCACUCAGAGGCAAAAAAUUGGAGCAUGGAGAUGGAGAAGUAGUAAUAAUUGGGGGUAUGGUGUUGGACAUUCACGCUACACCUUCAGUGAGAGCAAAUUCUGGAACAACUGUCCCUGGCAAGGUCUAUUAUGUUAGAGGAGGUGUGGGGAGGAAUGUAGCAGAGUGCAUGUCAAAACUCGGAGCUAAGCCAUUCAUGAUCAGUGCUAUUGGGUUUGACAUGGCCGGAAAUCUAUUGUUGAAUCAGUGGAAAUCUGCUGGCCUAUCUGCAGAAGGUAUUUUGAAGGAUAAAGAUAUUGAAACUCCAGUCGUAUGCAAUUUAUUUGAUAUUAAUGGGGAGGUAGCAGCUGGUGUUGCUAGUGUGGAAGCUCUUGAAAAAUAUCUGACACCUGACUGGAUCUUGCACUUUAGAAAUGCUUUGCCUUCUGCUCCAGUGUUAAUGGUGGAUGCCAAUCUGAGUCUUCCUGCUCUUGAAGCUGCUUGUAAAAUGGCGGCUGACAUGGAGUGUCCUGUGUGGUUUGAGCCAGUAUCAGUUACUAAAUCCCGAAGAAUCAGUUUUAUUGUUGAGUAUGUGACUUAUGUUUCACCGAAUGAAGAUGAACUUAUUGCGAUGGCAAAUGCUAUAUCUGGUUGUGAUAAGUUUCAACCAUUUAAAGAAAGUCAGAAGAAAAAUAUUUCAGUAAUGUCUUUGUUUCAAUUGCUGAAACCAGCAAUAUGGGUUUUGCUAGAAAAUGGCAUUGAAGUGGUCCUAGUGACCGUUGGCUCUAAUGGAGUGUUUUUAUGCCAUAAAGGAGGGCCUCGCCACUUUAAAAAGCCUACAGAGAAAAUAAAUCGGAGUGGUUUUGGUGGACAAUUAUUCAACGCUUUCAUGCAAAAAUGUCCUCCUAGUGGCUAUUCUGGCUUUUCAGAACUUAAUAAAAGCUCCCAUUUUUUUGCUGUGCAUUUUCCAUCUCUUGCUGCGUCAGUUGUGAGGCUUACUGGUGCUGGUGAUUGCUUAGUGGGUGGAAUACUCACAUCAAUUUGUGCAGGAUUAGAUAUUAUGCAAAGUGUGUCAGUUGGCAUUGCAGUGGCUAAAGCUGCUGUUGAGGCUGAGGCUAAUGUCCCUAAUGCUUUCAAUUUAUCAGCUAUCGCAGAUGACGCUAAAUCUGUAUACUCCGGUGCCAAAGUUCUUUUCCACCAAUCGAUGUUGUAAAUUUUGAAUUAGGAUUAUGGUAGAUAAACAGCUUGAGUUGUGAUAUAGCAACCUCCUUUGCUCCGAAAAAAGUGGUAACACCAUCCAAAGGCUUAUCGCAUUGAACUAUAAAUUAACAACUAUUUUUUGUAUUUUUAUUAAAGUUUUUAGAUAUAGGAUUGUAGUUGAUGCACUUUUUUUUAACAUUGGUAUGCACUUCUGCACUGGCAUACUGAACUUGAUCAUGUCAUGAUGUCUGUCUCUCUGGUGAAAAAUUUCCCCCUAAAUUUUACGUUUUUACACUAAUCUAACAUAAUUUUCAGCUCAUUACUUAGCAGCUCCUCUUAGUUCUUCUCAAGAAGACUCUUGGAUAUGAUAACUGAUGUUGUUUGCGUUCUUCCAAUGAUAAAUGUAUGAAAUUUGGAUGAUGUAAGACUAUGAAAAGUCUCCUUUCAGUGUAAGAAAACACCACACAAGUUUUCCUAAAUUCAAAGGAAAAGUGGCCAACGAAAACAUGGGAUUUUCACAAUGCUGAGAAUCAACAAUCUGUUUUGCAAGUUUUUGCUAUGCAGUUUCGACGUACAGUCCUAAUUUCGAGUUACCUACUCAAAUAUAUAAUUGUUUGAAGUU